AAAAGCCGUAAUGGCAGACGAGUAAUAAUUGCCAGUGUGGUAUGGUUUGUUGUGCGCGCUCAGGCGGUUUUAUUAACAUGUCACAAAUGAUCACCGCGGUGUUAAUUUAUGCGUAAUUAACAGAAGUAGACAGAAGUAGACAAGAGGUGUUUUUCUGGGUAAGCCGACCGUUCAAAUUUUCUGUUGAUCAGUCGGUCACAAUAAUUUCGUGGUUAGGUCCAGCUAGUCGCCUCCAUUGAUUUUUGGUGCCUGGCAUCGGUCUCCAAAAGAUUGCCUUAGCGUACGUUCCAAAAAGUCAUACGAAACCAUGUCGUACCCAGGGCAACCACCUAUGGGUAUACCAGGACUGCCACCAAUGCCAUACAUGGUUGGUGCCCCACCACCAAUAAUUGGAGGUGUAAUGCCAAUGCCUCAUAUGAUUCCAACGCCAGUUUCUGCAAUGCAAACCUCUGCACCAGCUGUUCGUUAUGCUCGUAAUCAGAAUCGUCAUGACAAUAACCGGCGGCGUGAAAGAGAAACUGGGCCACCGGUUACCGUAUUUGUUGGCAAUAUUAUGGAUCGGGCCCCUGAUGUUAUGAUACGUCAUAUUUUGGGGGCUUGUGGUCAUGUACUGUCAUGGAAAAGAGUUCAGGCCUUUGGAUUUUGUGAAUAUGCUGGACCAGAUGCAGGACUCAGAGCCGUCAGACUACUUCAUGACAUGGAAAUUGGAACUAAAAAGUUAGUUGUGAAAGUCGAUGCCAAGACCAAAGUCGUUUUGGACCAAUUUAAAGCUGAAAGACGAAAGAAAUUACGUGGUGGACAAUCGCCAUUGCAAGACGAGACUCCCAGUGAAGGCUUGGAUGGCGACGAGGGCGAUGACUACAUGGAUGAAGGAAUGAGAGUCGUCGAUGCAGACGCCAUGACCCGUAUUUCUCAAAUAAUUUCUGAGCAUGCGACUGAACUUGAAAUGGCUCAGGUUGCCCCAGAAGAACACCAAACAAAAAUGGCCGCAAAAUCGCUCAACCUUGACGACGCCGAGAUAGAAGAAAGCAAGCGAGAUCUGAUUACCAGGGAAAUCGGCAAGUUUCGGGAAGUUAUGAAGAAGCAGGAAGAGGAAAAGGCUCAAGUCAAACGAAAGAGAGAAGCUGUUGAGAAGGAGGAGAGAGAGAAACGUGAGAAGGAGCGUAAGGACAGAAAAGAAGAGGAGUCUGGAAAUCAUAGAGAUGAUCAUGACGGUCUAGAACCUGGAAGUCCCACUACACCUCCUACUGGCUCUAGUUCUGCCAUCUCAAAAGGUCGUAGUAGCAGUAGCAGCAGUAGAAGAGACAAGAGACGUUCAAAAUCCAGGUCAAAAGAAAGGGAUAGAGAAAGGGAGCGUCAAAGAAGCGACCGAGAGCGAGAUCGUGAUAGAGAUCGUGAAAGAGAAAGAGAACGCGACAGAGAUCGUGAUAGGGAACGAGACCGGGAUCGUGAAAGGGAAAGGGAUAGGGAGAGGGAGAGAGAACGAGAAGAAGCACGUAAGAGCGAAAGAGAAAUUCUGCGGGAAAGAGAAGAGGAAGAGGAAGCGAAAGAAAGGAAAAAGAACGAGAGACGAGCGAGAGAAAAAGAGGCAGCUUAUCAGGAAAGGCUACGCGCAUGGGAAACGAGAGAACGUCGUAAGCAAAAAGAAUGGGAAAAAGAAGCUGAGAAACGCAGAGCAAAGAGAGAAGCCAGGGAAAGAGAAGCCAAACGAUUAAAAGAAUUUUUGGAAGACUACGACGAUGAUCGUGAUGAUGCUAAGUAUUAUAAAAGUAAAGAACUUUCACGACGUCUCGAGGAACGUGCUUUGGAGGCUGAGGCGGAUUCUCGUGAUCGUUGUGCCGAACGCCAAGAGUUGGAACGUCUCAGGGAUAAGCUCUACGCUGAUUCAUCGCACCCAGAUCCUGCUGCUGAAUUCGAAAGGUUGAAAGCUGAGCGUGAAGAACAAUACAAACCGAAGCCUGUGAUCACUAUUAUUGACGAAGAAGAUGAAAAAGUUGUCAAAAAAGAAAAAGAGGCGCCAAUGCCGCCGAUAGAAACUGAACCAAUUGAUAGUGACAGUGAUGAUGGAGUGCACUUUGAUGACGCACCGCCGACAGAAGCUCCGUCAAGGACUCCUCCUCGUCAUCAUCAUCACCAUAGACGUCACCAUCGCCACCAUCAGAACCACCAUCGCGAUGAUGAUGUAGAUGGUAACGAUGAUGACAUUAGCGAAGUUGAUAGAGAUAGUAUUAAGGACAAAGUUACUUCGCCAUCCGUACAAUCUCAGCCAACAACUACUCAAUCCUUACCUCUUAAUCACGAUGAGGAUUCUCGCAUGUCGCUUGUUAGUGAACCGGAAAAAUCUAGUAGCGGUAACUUUGUACCGUUUGCAAUGGGCGGUGGAGGAGCGAAAGGCAGUGUCGAUCAUGCUCCAGGAAACAAAACACCGGCUAGUCCAAGCGCUGCGUCUAAUCCUAAUCCCCAGCAGGCGAAUCAAUUAAAAAAGAAAGGUCGUAUCGACGUCAAAGACGUAUUCAAUAACGACGAUGACGACGAUGGCACUAAUAACACAAAGAAAAGAAAACUUGUUCCUCUAGAUUACGGUGAAGAGAAAAAGAAAAAAGGUGGAGAAGAUACAUCGAAGAUUGGCAAAGAAGAAAGCACGAAAAGUCAGGAAGAAAAGCGCAAGCACAUAAAAUCACUCAUAGACAAAAUACCUACAGAUAAAAAUGCCCUGUUCGGAUAUCAACUCGAUUGGGCAGUUAUCGAUAGUACUCUCAUGGAAAAAAGAAUACGACCGUGGAUAAAUAAAAAAAUCAUAGAGUAUAUCGGAGAGCCAGAACCUACGUUGGUGGAUUUCAUUUGCAGCAAAGUGAUGGCUGGCAGUUCUCCACAAGGGAUAUUAGACGACGUACAAAUGGUGCUAGACGAAGAAGCUGAAGUUUUCGUAGUAAAAAUGUGGAGGUUAUUGAUAUACGAAGUGGAGGCUAAGAAAAUGGGACUAGUGAAAUAAAAAGAAAAUCUCUGGAAUAGAAGAAUUCGCGUGAUGUGUAUAUGAAAUAAAUUAAUUACUUACUCAUGCUUUGAAAAAGAAAGAAGAAACAAAAACGAAAUGGGGGUGCAACACCUUCUCGAGAAUCAUUUCUGGAUAUAAUUUUAUUGAUAAAGGUAGAAGUAUGAAUACUUAUCCUCGUAUUAGUCCGGAUAUUUGUUGGCUUAUACCAGUAGUUUAGCGACCUACGGUUGCUCGGCGAGUGUGAAUUUAUUUACAUGUGUAGCGGUUCAAUCGUUAAAUACACUUUGUAAUUAUCAUCAUUUAUAAUUACCUAAAUCUUGUCUGUUUAAAUUAAUGUAAUUUUUGACUUAUCUUUACGGCUGUUUAUCGUACGACAAUUGUUCAGCGAAAAUAAUCAUAAUAAUCUGAAUAAUAACGCGCAUUCCCACAAGAAACAAGGUAAGAAAUACAUUUUUGGAGCUAGUAUUACAAUUUAAAAAUAAAAUCAAAUUCAUUGGAAUACUCACAAUCACAUGAGUACAUUCAAUUUGCUUCAACUGGAAUUAUUUUUUUGUUCCGUUAAUCAAAUCGUAAUUCGUUUUUUCUUUAUUGCAAAACCCUUGCACGGAUAAUGGAAUAUUGAUAUCCGUCCGUACUACCAGAAAAAUCUUUCGCUUCCUCAUGAAUUACGACGAAAGACUCUAUAACAAAACCGGAUUUUUAGUUUUUUUUUUGUUUCUAUAAUCACAUCGAUUCUUUCACAUAAACUAGAGAACAAGGAAGGUGGAAAGGUUCUGACAUCUAUUGCCUUUUUCAUUUCGGAAACUUUCAUUAUCUGCGCUCAACUCUAUUCCCCUUCAGUCUGGUAGUUUAAAAUAUUUCAUUGUUACAUUAGCGUUAACGAACUCAGUUCCCCCCACCCCCCUAAUUGAAACAGAAUGUUACAGAUGAAAAGGAGAAAAAAAGGAAUAUUUUAGUUCACCCGAUUUAUAAGAUAUAAUUUAGAGUAUAAUGAAAAAUGAAAAUUAAAGUAAUAAAUGCCUCGAACCAA